UUCCCUUGUGGCCAUUCAUCCUCUCAGACUGGCUACGCAUCACUGUCUUGGUAGGCCAUUACCCUACCAACUAACUAAUACGACUUAUCCCUAUCAAUUAGCGAAAAUCUUGCGACUUCCUUUCAUUGCCGAAGCAACCAAUGCGGUAUUAGCCCUGGUUUCCUAG